AUGGUUUUUAUACGAGAAAAACUUCAGCACAAAAUAACUUCGCAUAGUGAUGGGAACAUUACCAUUACCUUUUCAUAUGGUUUCGUUUCACACCCGUAUCCGUUGAAUCUAAACGAGAUCAAGUUUCCAAAACAAAAAAAAAGGCGACUCAACUAUUUUAUGAUUUUUCGAAUAUUCUUGCAAAAAUCUAUUAAACAUUUACUCAGCAAAAUUCAUGUCAAAGCAGAUAGUAGGGUUGUUUCUGGAAUUGCAAGCGGCAUUUUGAAUGAUGUUGAUAAGGUGGAUUGUAAAUUUAAAGAAAGGCUAAGAGCAAGAAUCAAAAAUUUUUACGACAAUAAUCCGUCCUUUAACUUCAAAGAAUGUAACCCAAAGCCUAAGGAUAAAAAGAAGACAGCAUCGCCAUUGGCGACUAGCAUUUGGGACACUCCAUUUAACAAUGAUGUAAAUUCGGGUGGUUUUAUUGGCGCCUUUGACUCGAACAGUUCUAUCGACAGCAUUGAAUCGAACGACUUUGUCGGUCCUUUCGAUUUUAGCGACACGAUCGAUACCAUUAAUACUUUUAAUUCUAAUGCAAACAUCCAUCAUCCUUAUUUGAAUGGUUCAACAAAUGACUUGAUCGAUCAAACUUAUUCGAUCAGUGCUCCAAACCGUUUUCCCAAUUUUAUCCAUCAGAAUGGAGUUAUUUACCUUGUCGAUGCUCCAAAUUACAAUCAACAUGGCUUUAUCAAUAUCUUUGACUUGAAUCUGAACUACGAAUCUGGCGCGCUUACUCAUUUAUCGAAUUUUAAUCUUCCUUCAGACUUGAAUACUGAGAAUUUUGGCACAUUCAACUAUAAUAUAUUAUGA